ACAAAUAACCACCUCUUGAAAAGCACUCCGAAUGCAAAAUUUACCACUUAGUUUUCUCAAAAAUACAUAAGAUAGUUUUGAUGUUUGCAUCACUAUUUGCAGUUACAUUACGAUAAAUUAUUUGAAAUGAAAGAAUGUCUGACAAAUACGAUUCCAACGCUUUGUGGGUUGCCCUUAGUGAAUAUGGGGAAGGCAAUCUAUUUAGUGUAUAUCCAAAGCUUCUUGCUGAGCUUCUUAUGCAAGAAGAUGCUGCGAGAUUGGAAGGGGAUACCAGUGAGGCUGAGAGACUGGUGCUGCCCAGUGAUAAGGAAUGGAGACUGACACAGUAUUUUAAUCUUGUAGCAAUGCAAAAGAUUUUAGAUAACGAGGAGGUUGAAAAUCUUGAUAAAAGCAAAAAUACUGAAGACGUGCCUGAAGAAUGGGCGCCAUGGAACUUGGUGAUAGCCACCAAGAACCCCAACGCGCCCCCUCCGGUUGCCAUCAAAACGGCCCCCGGCCCCGCAUGGGACAUAGGACAGGUUCUAAAAGCUGCACGGAUUUUAUGCAAACCUCCAUUGGGUGUGCAGUUUGGAGACGAACAAGAAAUGAGAUGCGUGUAUUCACUCAUCUAUGAUGUAUUUCGAUAUAAAACAAUAUUAGACCAAGCGAUAGACGAUGUGGAUUUCUUUGGAGAUUACCCUCAAUUUGCAGAACAUAGACAUACAACAUGGCUCUUCUUAAUGGAGCUAGCUAGACGGAGAUGGGUCGCGAGACCGCGUGGUGAGAUAGAACGUGCGACAAAACUCUUGAACGAGGCUGGCUCACCUUUCAUUGAUGUGGAGAAUGCGAUUUGGGAUGAGAGGGUGCAUUUUGCCGCUGCAAUUGCUAGAAUUAGGAUAAAGAAUAAAGCUUUUUCACUAUCGGACCUUCUCCCGCCACAUUUGCGGGAAGAGAAAAUAUCAGCAUGUGUCAAUAAGGACACUGUCACCGGAUGGGUGAACACAUUUAAAGCUAAAAAAGUUGCAUUGCUCGUGAAGAAACUACAAUCACUGGGAUAUUCCUACAGUAAUUCGCGUCAAUUGUGUGCAGGAGAAUAUAGAUUUGAUAGAGUAUGUCCCAGAUUUAUAACGCUACGUCCACCUGAAAACGUAAGCAUCGGCCAGUUAGACUUGGUAAAAGAAGGAGUGAUAGUGCUGCAGGAGAGAGAGUUCUGCGAAGGUGCGUCCACAUUGUGUCGCGCCUUGCGAGCGAACUCGCUGCGCGGUGUAGUGGCGCAAACGCACGCGUCCUCGCCCCGCUGCUCCGCGUACUUGGCGGCGCAGUUGCGGGAACUCGCUGCCGUGCUUAAGGCGCAGACACCGGCGGCGCCUGUGACACCUGAACUGGGCAGGCUCGUGGUGUUUGGCGCUGGUGAUAAAGUGGAGAGCUACGUGUGCGCGCUCCGCGAGCUCGGCAUCGACGCGUCGCAGGCGCCGCACUCCGAGUCGCCGGUGUGCGUGGUCGGCGACGCGGUGCACAGCGAGACGGCGGCGGUGGCCAGCGCGCUGGACGGCGUCGUGGCCGCGCUGGCGACGCCGCCCAACUCCUACUCGGCUGUCACCGAUCCGAUCGAUCUCGUGUGCGGACGUGGUGGCGAUUUAGCAAUGCUCGAGAUUCUUACAGAAUCAGAAAUAGACUCGAAGGGAAAGCAACGUGUACAAUCCAUUUUGGAAGAACAGAAGAAAACUCUGAAAACUUUGAUGUCUAAACCCCAGAUUCAGUUAAUCCUAUACGAGACCCACUCAGCGUUAGAAGCGGAGAAUCAAGCGCAGGUGAACCGCGCUGUGGCUGAAGCGAACCGACUUGCGAGGGAACGUCACGCAUUGCUCAGGAAGAAACAUAGGGAUCAUACACACACACCAAAAUCAAAAGAAGGUGCUGAAACGAUGGUCACAGAUUCCUGUACAACACUAGAUCGCACUUCCCAUACGGAAUUGGACAAAGUCGAACCGUCAGACACCACCUCUUAUGACCAGUCUCCCAAGAGGCCAAUGUCGUCACCACCGACCACUGCUAGAAACAGAUCGGACAGCAGAGAUACGAUAUUGAAAAAGCGGGCAGAAAGCGCAGAUGUGGCUGGAUGCCGACCAACGACCAACCGAGCUCGACCUAUACCCGAAAUGGACGUUUCUGAAAAUGACAAUGUCCCCAGAGACCCAGAUAAGGAUAGUCCAGAUGUUUAUGUGCCGAGCUGUGAUUUGUUUGAAAUACAAACGCUACCUAAUCUAGGAAACGGAUUAGAUAUUAAUUACAUUUUGGAUAGAGAUGGAUGCUAUCUUGGCCUCAUACAAAGGAAGGAGAUCACGCGGCUCGACGCCAAGUACAUGAUACGUGUUGCUGAGCAGCGCGGCCUCUUCGGGCAGAGCGCGCCGCAGCAACCCGUGCGCAGGAAGAAAAACGAACCGGUCACUGUUACACCUAGACGGCGGAGACGCAAAACUAGUUUUGAGGUGGAGCGUGUAGCGGCGCCCACGUACGCGUCGCUGUCGCGCUCGAUGCGGCGCGGCAACGUCGCGUGCGACCCGCGCGCGUCACCCUGCAGCGAGGAGGAGCGGCACGUGUGCUCGCGGCACGUGCGCCGGCACGCCGCCGCCGCCACCUACACUGCGACUGCGUGCACGUGCGACGCCAAGCACAGACACUCCCAAGCACGACGCGCGUCCGCUGAUGCAGGGCUAGCCACAAUAGUACGCACUGCGUCGCCGCCCUGUCGCCAGCCCUUCCCUCUAGUUGUACACGACUUGCGGCUCAAGAACAUCGUGCAUAAGAUUACUGCUUAGCGAGCCUUGUUAUGCGAUUGUCGUAGUUCCAUUUUAUUUUCAAGGUUAUCUAUGUCUAUAGUCUGUUGAUGUAGAAAACUUGGCAUAGACACGACGUUUUUAUGAAGAUUUAAACUUAGAAUAGCACAGAAAAUGUUGAAUUGUUUGGAUAAUUAACUCAAUAUGCCAGCUGAGGGUCUUAAUUUAAAAUGUGCUUUAUUUUUACCACUAUGGUUUAAUUAUAGUGAUUAAUUCUACAAAAAAAGCAUAAUUGAAAUAUCAAAAAAUGUGCUUUAUGCAGCACAACAAUUAUUAUUAUUUUACAAAUACCCACGCUUUUGCAUAUUAUUUAAAGAGUCCAAUUAAUUAGUUCUAUUCUGUUUAAGUUUUUCAAUCUUAUCAUUUUAUUGUGCACGU